CUUCAAAAAAAAGAAAAGAAAAGAAAAGAAGAAUAUCAUUCAAAAAGAGAAAAAAGUAAGCAGAAGAAACUACCACUCGAAAUCCUUGAAUCAAACCCUAAUCGAAGAAUCCAAAUCUUUCAGGUGAAAAACUAUAAAAGAACAGAAAAAGGAAGGAGUAGAUGGAUUUAGCAGACAAGGCCGUGGGGCUGCUGUUAUCGGUAAUCAGCUUGUCAGUUUUCACUUACUAUACAUUCUGGGUGAUCAUACUGCCGUUCGUUGAUACUGAUAAUUUUGUGCACAAGUACUUUUUGCCUCAAGAAUAUGCCAUUCUGAUUCCGGUGUUUGCUCUUGCGGCGCUGCUUUGCUUCCUCUGCAUGUUUGUUGGAUAUGUGAUGCUCAAAUCCAAAAAGAAGAAGGCAUAAUGCAAGAUCUAUAGUGUGUGCUGCAACUACCAUUUUUUUGUCACAUACAGAUAGUUUUAUUGCUGGGUUUCUCUUUUACUUGUAAAUGGAGGAUUUAGAUGAUUGCACUCAGUUCCUGUUAAUUUGGUGAAACCUGAAACUGGUAAUUGUCUUAGAAAAAAAGCUGACAAAUUGCAGAUAAAGAUUAUCUUCAGAUAUUGUUAGCCUGCUCUUGUAAGAGAGCAGUUGGUAUCAA